AUCACCACUCCCGCGAUGAGGAUCGAAACGUGCUACUUCUGCUCGCAGCCGGUCUACCCGUCCAAGGGUAUCACCUUCGUGCGGAACGAUGCCAAAGUCUUCAAUUUUUGCCGCUCGAAAUGCCACAAAAACUUCAAGAUGAAGCGAAACCCACGCAAGCUGGCAUGGACCAAAUCCUUCCGCCGCGCACACGGCAAAGAAAUGACGGUCGACUCCACGCUCGCCUUCGCACAACGCCGCAAUAUCCCAGUUCGCUACAACCGCAAUAUGGUGGCCAAGACCCUGGAGGCCAUGCAGAGAAUAUCGGAGAUCAGAGCAAGACGUGAGAGACAGUUCUACAAGAACCGCAUGAAGGGCAACAAGGAGCUGCAGCUCGAAGCAGACAGGAAGCUUGUGGCUGAGAACCAGCACUUGCUCCCGCUUCAGUACAGAGAUCAGGUCGAGCAGGUCAUGAAGGAGGUUGUGGAGCCUAUGAAGGCGGAAGUGGAGGCGAUGGAGGAGGAGAUCCCGCUCGAGGAGCAAGAACGACUCCAGCCGGCGAAGAGCGCUCUGAAGCAGAAGAAGAAGCGGAGAUUGGUGGUCGGCGUCGGUGUGGAAGAGAUGGAUGUGGAUGGUUGAGUCUGCGGGAUGUUGAUGCGGCGAAAGCUGCUCUGUGUUUGUUUGAAAGCGUUGGCGCUCGGCGUUGGUGGAAAAAUUUGCAUGGAGCGAAGAUGUGAAAAGGCUGGAGGUUAUGCUAUGCUCCAUUGCACAAUACUCAUGAAAACUGUGAAGCAAGGCUAGUUUCUCUGAGUCCACGAACCAUUCUGGAAAGGUAGACCUUCGACUUGAGGUGCGGUCUGACUUGCUAGCGUAUUCGCCGAUCGACUGGUAGGGAUGCAAUCCCAAAUCUCGACCUCAUUCGUUGAAAGAAGACUGAUUUGCAGGACUUCUAUCGAAUAGGCGAUCGCAGCAAGUCCACGUUGAGGUCCCUUAGACUGCGGUCAAUCCCAUCAUCAGUUCAAUCCGCUCGAUUCGACCCGUCCAAGAUGCUUGGUCUGGUGGUGCAGGCUCGAAAGAGUGAUUAGAAGCAUAAAUGCUAUCUUUCGACAAUGUAACCAAUAGAUUUCGGCCUAGUCCUCAAGAAAUACCCAAUAUACACCACCAUGGUCCUGAAGUCGGACAAGCAUUGGGCUUGCUGCGAGGAUGCUGAGCUGUGCUGCAUCAGGAUGCUUGUUUAAUCCUCACCAUGCGACACAUCAUGACUGGCAGCUCCGAUUUGCGCGCUCUUAGGUAUGGGCCAUGAGCCAGUGCAUCUGUCGCCAUGUAGGCUUGUCGUGAGUGAAGCUAUCUAUCACGAGAAUAUGCUUAGAAAUGCAGAAGCUUGACGGGUG